UAAAGGGCCGGCCCGAGCUGCAGAGCAUCCCUGCAGAGGUUGCUCACACAGCCCAGGAGCUCCCACAGCCUCUGCCCUCAGGUACCAUGAAGGUCUCCGCCACCGCCCUGGCCGUCCUCCUCGCCGUUGCCGCCUUGUGCGCUCCCGCGUCCGCCUCGCCGUACGCCUCCGACACCACUCCCUGCUGCUUCGCCUACAUCUCCCGCCCGGUGCCGCGGGCGCACCUGCAGGAGUAUUUCUACACCAGCAGCAAGUGCUCCAUGCCAGCGGUCGUCCUGAUCACCCGGAAGAAGCGCCAGGUGUGCGCCGACCCCGAGAAGAAGUGGGUGCGGGAGUACAUCAACACCCUUGAGAUGAGCUAGGGCGGAGCGCGCCUCGAAGCUGAACCUGCGCGACCUUUCUUAUUGCUUCUUGCUCUCGUCCUCACCAGCUUAGGAGGCUCCUCCCCAGUCCCCUGCUCCCACCCCUCCCUGCAGGGCCCACACUCCGCCGCACAGCAGCCGCCGUAAAGGCGUCCCGCACCUGAAGCCUCCGCACAGGAAAUCUCCGGACUCUGAGCUUCAGGGCCCUCGGCUCUGCAAUGAGGAAGGAAGACAGCGCGCCUCUGGAGGCGAAGAAGGGUGAAAAACGGGGCUUCUGUGCAAAUAUCCCACGGCCACAGCGCUCACCUCGGCCCCUCACUGGGAUAGGCUGAUUGGCAAAAGUGACAAACUGUCUUUCCAUUAAAGUUAUCGAGGCAAUAACAAA